GUUAGAAGAGAAACAAAGAGCUGAAAUGGACUGGAAAACUGUCUCCGAGCAACACAGUAGAGAUUUCUGCAAGAAUCAGUGUGUUUGAAUGAAUCGGUUGAUUGAAUGAUUCAGUAGCCUGUGAUAUUGUGGCCUAAUCUAUUAAAUCAUAUUCUUCUGUUCUGCUGUAUUCAAGGAUCCCUCCGCAGAUAUUUUUUUUAGUCAUCGAUACAGACAUCCUGAACUCCAGGCUAUGCAGGCAGACGGACAGAAGGGCUGUGAUGGAGGUCUGCUGCCUGAUGCCAACAGGCGGGACAGGGACCCCAGCGGGCAGAAGGAAAACCACGGGAAGUGGCAGAAGCCGCACAUCUCCCGCAAGUCCCUCAUGAAAUGCUGUCUGGUCAAAAGGAUCAUCGCCAGUGCGGCGCCCCAGGGCACAAACAGCGCUGACAGGGAUCUGGAGUUGUCCAUGGUGCGACAUCAGCCCAAGGGCUUGGAGCAGCUCCAGGCUCAGACUAAGUUCACUAGGAAGGAGCUGCAGUCGCUCUACAGAGGCUUCAAAAACGAGUGUCCCAGUGGAUUGGUGGAUGAGGAGACGUUUAAAUCAAUCUAUUCGCAGUUCUUCCCUCAAGGAGAUGCAACCACAUACGCACACUUCCUUUUCAAUGCUUUUGACAUGGACCGGCAUGGUUCUAUACGUUUUGAGGACUUUGUAAUCGGCCUGUCUGUCCUGCUUCGAGGUUCUGUGACAGAGAAACUGAGGUGGGCCUUUAGCCUUUAUGAUAUUAAUAAAGAUGGCACCAUCACCAGAGAGGAAAUGCUGGCUAUUAUGAAGUCCAUCUAUGACAUGAUGGGCAUGUACACCUUUCCUUAUGUAAGAGACGCUGCUGCAUUUGAACACGUGGAGAAAUUCUUCCAGAAAAUGGACCGAAACCGAGAUGGUGUUGUAACCAUCGAUGAAUUCAUAGAGACCUGUCAGAAGGACAAGAACAUUAUGAGCUCCAUGCAGCUGUUUGAGAAUGUCAUCUAGAGCGCCGCGUGAAGUGCAGAAUGAUCCUCUGGCUCUUUUUCCACAUCGACUCUCAGCAUCACUCCAUUAGUCCUCGAGCGCUCCACAGGGACUCUCUAGAAACACUUGUGUUUUGUGCCUAGGCCUUGCACAUCAUCUAUAGCAUGUGAAUGAAUAUUUUGAUUGAUUGCAUUGAAUGCUUUAACAACAAGAUGUGGGCCGUCUGAGUGUCUCAGUUGAACCUUAAGCAUUCAAGACCGGUUGUAAAUGCUCAUUUGUAUAUAUGUAGAUAAAUCUGCGCUCUUAAAACUGGUUGAUUUCUGCCUAGAUUAAUUAACUUUUGCAUGUUUGCCUGCUUUUUGUUUUCAAAGAAAUAAAGGCAUCUGUG